AAUGGACGGAAGUAUCAACGACGUUAGGGUAUGUACUUUUAGUCUGUUUUUUGAAGUCGCCCCCAAAAAUCAUAUCUGCAAGUUGGUAUGGUUGUAGAAGAAUCUGGGCAGGGUAUGCAGCUGAGAAUAUAGAAGAGGAAUUGGUAGUCGUUUGUAGAAAUCCAUUGCUGGAGGAGGUCGGUGAAUUGGAAAUCAGCUACUUUCCGGGAUGAUAGUAUCAGCGAAGGUGGAUUGGUGAAGGCUAGGGGUGAAGUACUUAGACAACAAGCACUUUUGUGUGGUCGGCCCCCCAAUAUGAGCUGUAGAAUUAAAAGGUUUAGGCGUAUAUGCCAAAAAUUUGAUGAAAGACGGAAGAGGUGGGUCAUGGAAAUGGGAUUCGGGGGACUUCUACAUUUAGUAUCCGACAUGCACUUACCUAGGCAGCUAGCGUACUGGUUAAUGACAAGGAUUGAUCCCAUUAAUAAAAGUUUUGUGUGUCGGGAUGGUCGGUUAUUUUGGUUCUCAAAGAUUUAAGUGAAGUAGAUAUUUGGACUCCCAAAAGGGUCACGGCCCGCACCAACUAACAAAUGUAUGAGUCCCAAAGUGAGGCCUAAAGAUGAAAAAAUAUUGUUCAAAUAUGGUCGUACGUGGGUGACGAAAUGCUGUAGAAUUUCUGGUAGGGUUUAUACCUCUGUUGAGAUUCCUGUAACUUCCGAAAUGCUUGAGAGGUUAGAAGGUCAGUUUGGGGACGAGGAGGAAGAAGAUUUCAAGUCCAUGUUUCUUAUUGUAGCCUUGUAUAUGGUGUUGUGUCCUACUCAGUCACCCAGACUGGCUGCGGAUUUGUUACCAGUGCUGAGUUGUGUGAUGGACUGUGCGGAUUAUUGGUGUGAGUUAGUACUGAACAAACUAAUGGAGAGUGUUGCUGAUUUUGCCCGGAGGUUUUAUGCCACAGGAUAUGCAAAUGGAUGUGGAGGACGUGCCUUUUUUUGCUGUGAUUUAGUAUCUGGAUCGGCUUAAUAGGGAGCUCGUGUAGUGGGACGUGUAUCCUAGAGUAAAGGUUUGGAGCAUGAAACUAAUUUCAGAGGCGUCUAAGGAAGACAAGUUUGGUUGCGGUGACUAUGGCAAGUUGGGGGUUGUUGAUGUUGCUUAUGGAGAAUGGCAUUCAAGGCAUGGUAGGGACACUGAAGGCCCGGGCACCGAACUGUACAAUGUAAGGGGAUCCGUAUAGCUUUGGUAAAUGAUAUGAUAGUCGCUCGCUCGGUAGCUUAUACUGACCUAUCAUUUGGUGUGCACGACGUGUCAAUUUUGGAGCACAGUUACAGGGACAGAAGGCAUACUUCUAUUGGAUAUGCACGUCGGAAGCGGAAGGGUUUGGCUUGAUGGUAUUGGCUACCUGGAAAAAAAUAAUCCGACUCAUAAUGGCCAGUUACGUAUGUGAUAUUAGUCUGUGGCCUAGAUAAAAAGGGAAAUGGUCAUUGUAAUGGUAUGUAUCACCAAGGAUGCACGGACACGCCAAAAAUCUGAAGAGUCCGAGUCGACACGCGUGUCGGACACGGACACGGAUGAGACACGGGGCGACACGUGUCCGACACGCAGAAAACCGUGUCCGAUUUUUUUUAACCGUUUUUGAUUUUUGGACACGGGCCGUGUCUUGGGCUGACACGGGCCGUUUUGGUAUGGACACGCGAAAUACCUAAAUUCCUAUGCUUUGCCUCUCUACCUCUUUCCAAGUUUCCAGUUCUCAAACUCUCAAUCCUCUCAUCCUCUCAAGUCUCAACUGAACCCCUUGCUGCUCACUUGCUCAGUCGCCGACUUGUAGGUCUCACCGUACCGCCGGCUUGCUGUCUCCGUCACCGCCACUCGCCUCCUUGCCGGUUGUCAGGGUUGCUGGCCUGGCCCUUGCUGCUCGUGGCCUUCAUCUCUCAUUGUUGCGGGGGUUGCUGGAGUUGCUGGCCUGGCCCUUGCUGUUCGCCUGCUCGUCCUCAGCCACCACCUAUCACUCCACCGCCCACCUUGUCGCCCGUCGUCCGUGUCAGCCACCAGGAGGCCCCCAUUCAUCUUUAUGAUGAACACUGCUCGUUCAUCUUAUGGCAAUAUUGUAAUAAUAGUGAACAGUGAAUUGCACACGUAUGCUGCAGAGUGGAUGGUGAUGUGGUGCCCCGUGUUAAAAACUAACUUCUAAGACAGACGUGGAGGAAACGGCGUUGAUAGAGGCUGUAGUUAGUAUUCGAAAAUAUUGUGUGCCGUUAUCGUUAUUUGUAACGACGAAUUAAGUGUAAUAUAUAUAGUUACAAACAUUUAUACUCGUCGUUCUUGGAGUUCAUUUUUUCGAAGAGGAGGAGACUGGAGAGUGUAGGAUUAGCAGUAGAUUGUCCUCUAAGUUUUAGAUCUGAUCCUUACGGGCAUUACUUACUGGUUGGAAUCGCAGAUCGUUUUGUAUUGAAAAGAAUCUGAAAUCAAAAGAUAUAUUGGGUGACAAUGGAUAACUCUGUACUGUCUCCGGCUGCUGUGUGUGGUGUUGAAGUUGUUGCGGGGGAUAAGGGGAGUGCAGUAAGGUGUCGUGACAGGGGUGAUAGUGAAGAUCACGGAAUUAAUCUUGGUCCAGAUAGUCCUGGUGAUAUUGUACCGUUUAUAGAGGGUGAGAGAAACUUAGGUGAAGAGGAAGGGAUGGAGUAUGUUUCACCAAUAAAGACUGUUGAGACAGUGCAAACAGUUGUUGCAAGUAAUCAUGUUAGUGUGGUGAGUUAUGUGGAAGCUCCUCGGAUUGGAAUGGUGUUUAGAAGUUGGCAAGAGGUGGAAGCCUAUUACGAGUAUGCUGAGCAGAUGGGGUUUGUUGUUAAUAGAGUACAAGGGGUAUAUUCGAAAGGAGCGGCGAGAGAUCGAAUAUCGACAACAUGGAGAUGUGAGUGUUAUGGUAGGCCCGAUAUGAGGGCACAAAGGGAAGCUAAAAAAGGGCGAAGGAGAUGGGUGUUGGUGGAUCCGGGGGAGUUGUAGGUGGGCUGGUGGGGGAGGGAGAAUUGAAUAAUAGUAAACGUCGGUCUAAAAAAUGUGAGUGCAAAGCUAAGGUGUAUGCGAGUGCAAAUGCUGCUGGCAGUGGGUUAUAAAAGGUGUUGAGUUGGACCAUUCAAACCAUGAACCUAUUCCCAGCAAUGCGAAGCUAGUGAAAGAGUAUAGAAUGAAGCACUUUACGUCAAGAGUGAGGAGGCAGUUACUGAAGUAUUUUGAUGAAGGGGUACAUGUGUCCCAAAUUUAUGGUUGCUUAAGCUCAGAGUUUGAAGGUUUGGAUCCUUUGCCAUUGACUGUAAAAGACCUACAACAUGAGAUAUACAAAUGCAGGAGGCUGAAAAUGGAGGGGGGUGAUCCGAAAGCUAUGAUGAAAUUUUUUAAAAAAAUGCAAGGGGGUAACCAAAAUUUUUUCCACUCCCAAAGGUUAGAUGAGGAAGGAAGGCUGAAGGACGUGUUAUGGGUCGAUGCCCGUAGCCGAGCUGCAUAUGAGGAUUUUGGAGACGUGGUAUGCUUUGAUGCAACUUAUCUGACAAAUGAGUACGACCUCCCCUUUGUCAAUUUUGUUGGGGUUAAUCACCAUGGGCAAUCAAUUCUGAUCGGGUGUGCACUGGUGUCACAUGAAGAUUGUGAUACAUAUCGCUGGGUAUUCAAGCAAUGGUUGGAGUGCAUGAAUGACAAAGCUCCCAGGGCAAUACUGACUGAUCAAGGGGCUGCGAUGAGGAAACCGAUUGAGGAGCUGAUGCCGACAACUAGACAUCGUUGGUGCAUGUGGCAUAUUAUGAGAAAGAUUCCUGAAAAAUUGGGCAAAUUAGAAAGGUACAAACAAAUCAAAGUGGAGCUUAAGGUUGUUGUGUACAACAGUUUUACAAUUCUUGAGUUUUAGAAAGGCUGGAAAGAAAUGCUUGUGAAGUAUAAGUUGGAGAGCAAUGAAUGGCUAGACAGUUUGUAUACGGAAAGGCAUAUGUGGGUUCCGGCAUUCAUGAGGGAAUACUUCUGGACUGGUAUGAAGACAACACAGAGGGUGGAAAGUAUUAACAGUUUUUUUAUGGUUAUGUGAAUAGGAAAACGAAGUUGUUUGAGUUUCCAGAAAAAUAUGUCAAAGCUCUAGAGAAGCGAGUGGAGGACGAGAUAGAUGCUGAUGCAAAGUGUUCUAAAUACAUCAGAAGACUUGUAAGUGGUUUUUUGGAAGAAAGGGUUUUUCAGAAAUUAUAUACCGACACCAAGUUUCAAGAAGUUCAAACUGAGUGCACGCGUAUGAUGUAUUGCUAUCCUCGAGAGGAGAACAAAGCAACUGAUACCAUAUUGCAGUAUCUGAUUGAUGACCGGGUUUGGGUAGUGCCUGAAGGGAGGAGUGAAGAAAUAUUAACUGAUAAAAGGAGGUUUUAUUCGGCCACUUUUGAUACCGAAUCGAAAGUGGUUUGUUGUGACUGUCGCAAGUUUGAGACAAGCGGGAUUAUGUGCAAGCACAUUAUGAGGAUUCUUGAUCUAAACCUUGUCUCAGAGAUCCCUGAAAGAUACAUUAUCAAUCAGUGGCGCAAAGACAUACUUCGGAGACACACGCGGGUUAAGGUGUCUUACCAUGAUCCGGAGAACACAUCCGUGGGGAAAAGGUACUCAUCACUUAUGUCUUCAUUUGAGCCAAUAUGUGAGGAGGCUGCCAUGGUUAAUGAUAAGACAGUGAAUAUGGUUAUCAACUGUCUUCAACAAGUGAAGUCUGAUGUGAUGCAGUCACGUAAGAGGAAGUAUGAGGACUCAGCACCUGUAAGUUAUGCAGACGAAGGACCUGACCCCUUCGAAGAUGCCUCAUGUGAGGUUAACGGGACAGAGUCCACUGUGCAACAACCCUCUGCUACAGGUAUGGGAGGUGUUGAUGCCUUUGAACCUGUUGAGACAGAAGCCCCCGUCGUUAUGAAGGACCCUUUGCCAAAAAAGAGAGACAGGGGAAGGCCCAAAGGAUCCCGUAAUAAGACCCUUGCUGAAAUGGGGUAUAAAAAGACAAGCAAGAAUAAUGGGCAGGUCAUGAAAGCUGUGGACAAGGCUAAUGAAGCAGUCGAAUCUGCAACACAAGCGGUUCCUACACCUAAGAAAAUGACUGUAAGACGUCCUCCUGCAAAUGCAGCCCCUACUGAUGGCGAUGCAGACGUAGCAAUUGUGCCUGAGGAUGAUGUACUUGUCAUUGGGACAUCCACGUGUGGCAGCUUCUAAGUGCGUUAAACCUAGAGGUGAAGCCCCCUGUAAACCAGAGCUGAUGCCCCCUCUAUAAAUAAUUGGGUGUAGUAUAUUACACCAUUAGCUACCUCUCUUAAACAAACUCUUGUUAUUACAAUCUGACUGUCCUACUUGUUUUGAGUUUCUAUUCUGUUGGCAUGUGUUGUUGAAGUGUGGAAUGCAUGUAUUUUUAUUAUCUGUGUUUGAAGUUUGUGUUUCCCAGAUUAUGUGUAUGGUUCGUAUUAUGAAAUUGUGAUAUUGAUAUGUGUCCAACGUCAGACGUUGUGCAGAACAUUGAACUAGA